UCUCCUCUCUAGGUUACAGGGUUACAGAUCCUAGAAAAGGGUCUCUGAAAAACCUUGGGAUGAGGGUGUUCCGCCUGAGCGUGAAGUCUGGGAAUUUUCUGAGCGUUUCCCUCCCGGGCGUCUUCCCUGAAUUCCCGUCGAAGCCAGCGGCUAUGCGUCCCAAGCCAGGCUCGGCGUCGCAGCCUCGGCGUCGCAAGCUCGCGGCCGCGGGGUGGAGCGCUCCCGGAUGCGCCCCCUUCGGACGGCAGGGGGCGUUGUGCGCGCCCGGCCGCGGCCUCCCCCGCGGCUCCCUUAAAGGGCCAGCGGGGCACGUGGCUCAGGGGCCGCCAGGCAAGCAGUUCCGACGCUGGGCCGCUCCUGCUCGUUACCGACGCGCAGCGUGCGCUUCGCUCAACCUGUCGGCGGAGAACCUCAGCCCGCGCGUGGUCCGACCUGUCGGCGGAGGAUCGCACCCCAGCGAGGACACGGUAGCCAUGGCUGAAGCGGCGCCCGCCCGGCCAGAUGCAGAGAAGAGCUCAUACCUCUACUCCACAGAAAUCACACUGUGGACUGUGGUGGCAGCUGUGCAGGCCUUGGAGAAGAAAGUGGAUUCUUGCCUGGCCCGCCUGCUGACAUUGGAAGGACGCACAGGAACAGCCGAGAAGAAGCUGGCUGACUGUGAGAAGACAGCUGUGGAGUUCAGCAACCAGCUGGAGGGCAAGUGGGCCGUGCUGGGUACCCUGCUGCAGGAGUACGGGCUGCUGCAGCGGAGGCUGGAGGACAUGGAGAACCUCAUGCGCAACAGGAACUUCUUGAUCUUGCGGCUUCCCCCUGGCAGCAAGGGCGAGGUCCCCAAGGUGCCUAUGACCUUUGAUGACGUGGCUGUGUAUUUCUCUGAGUUGGAGUGGGACAAGCUGGAGGACUGGCAGAAGGAGCUCUACAAGCACGUGAUGAGGGACAACUAUGAGACGCUGGUCUCCCUGGAUUACGCCAUCUCCAAACCCAACAUCCUCACCUGGAUAGAGAGGGGAGAAGAGCCUUGUCCUUCAGGCCCCUGGGGCCAGAAGGGGAGUGAGGAGGAGGCAACAUGCCCAAGGAAACCAAACACUGGAAUUCCUCUGAGUCCAGAGCAUGCCCCAAGUCCAGCCAGCCCUGACCUAGAGGAACCAAAAGAAAGGCAGGUACCUAAGCAGCAACAGCAGCCGCAGCAAGAGGAAGCAAGAGUUUUUCUACCUGAGACAGACACUGGGACUCCAGCCAGCACCAGCACUUUACCCAUCAAACAGGAGGGAGAAUCUACAGAGGGAGAAUGUCCACCCUCCCCUCCCACAGACAGCCUGCCUGCUGUGGGACCAGGUGGUGGUGCUGUGACCAUCAAGACAGAAGCACAGGCCGAGGAUGAAUCUGAGCAGCAGCUUCUGGAGUCCCUGAGCCAGUCCCACAAAAGGCCCAGGACUAGAAGCUCCAGACGGCUUCAUGACCAGGGAGUGCCUAGGGUACUGAUUAGGGAACCCCAGGCCGCAGAGGCUAGGAGGGAGCCACCCUGUACCCUUCCUCAACGACAACGACAACGACAGCGGGCAUUCUCAUGCCCUGACUGUGGGGAGAGCUUCCGCUUGAAAAUUAAUCUGACAAUCCAUCAGCGGACCCAUGUAGAAGAGGAGGAACACAGGGAGGUUUGCAGUGAUUUGCCUGUUGGGUCAGGGGAAAGCCACUCCACACUGGAACCAGGGGAGGUGGCGGUGCCUGGUCCUAUCAUCGGCUGGGUACCUCAGAAGCCCACAAGGCACCUUUCCCUGAUAAGCAGUGCUUUCCUGAGACAAAGGUCAACAGCUAAGGUUUACCACUGUAGUGAAUGCCUGCUCUCCUUCCAGCGACGGAAGACCCUGAUACUGCACCAGCGUCAGCAUACAGGCAUCAAGCAGGGCUGGCCUGCCUGUCCCUACUGUGGCAAGGCCUUCCGCCGGCCCUCAGACCUCUUCCGUCACCAGCGCAUCCACACUGGUGAACGUCCCUAUCAGUGCCCCAAGUGUGGCCGGGCCUUCAACAGGAACCACCACCUCACUGUCCACAUGCACACCCACUCAUGAGGCCAGGCUAUCCUGUGUUUCCUCAUUUUGUCUGUCCACUUGAGAGCCCAGCCCUGA